CUCGACUGUGUAUAUAUAUUCACAGCGCCCAUCUCACUUGCAAUUGCACCAUACGAUGUGCCUCGCCUCGCGUCGACAUCCUCAUUCAGAGUCAGUUGCCCGACUCACAUACACUGGCAUUACUGCAGACGACACAUGACUCCUUCACUAUCACAUUGCGGUGGAGAGCCGGUGGUACCCUCAACCCUAGGAAAUCAAUGCAUGGCUGUGGCGGCGACCACAGCCCGCACGGGCGCGCCGCCUGGGACGCCUUCGCCUUCUGUAAUAUUUGUGGGCACGUCGCAGGUCGUGUCUGCGCAAGCAGAGCAAAGCAAAAAUCCAUGGUAUCUAUGCAACUCGCUGAGGCAUGACACGUUGUCCUUUGCGAGCAUCAAGCGGGUCGAUUCACCUUCUCGCGGCUCGCUUUCAACCGCUUGCAAUGGUUCUGCAAAUGCCCCGCAAAUUGGUUCCUUUCCUUUGGGAAGUGGCGGUUGACAAGUUCACAGAUCCAGGCCCUCCUUCACAGGCCUUGUUUCUGCCUAGCGAUCGCUGCACAUGCUGUAUUUUCUUUCGCUCCUCUUUAGAAUAGUAAC